AUGGAUAUUUUGAUCCAUAAAUUGACUUGCUCAAGUUGCGGAAAUAUCUUUAAUGAGCCAAAGAUUCUUCCAUGCCUACAUACUUUUUGUAAAAAUUGCAUAGAGGCAUUUAUGGCUGAAGGAAGUGCAUUUUGUCCCGUCUGUAACAAGAAAAUAGGUAUGAGGCAUAUUGAUGAAUUAUCUGAUAAUGUCUUUUUACAUAGCGCUUUUGAUAUGCUGGCGUUAAUGAAAGAUAGAGAAUCUUUUAAUUGCGACGUUUGUGAUCCUGGUGAUAGUAAUAGUGUAGCUUUCUUUCGUUGUCCUGAGUGUAUGCAAUAUUUAUGCGAGCUGCAUGGUAGUGCUCAUUUAAAAGCAAGAGCUACUAAAUCUCAUCAGUUAUUCACUAUUGAUCAACUUCUCUCCAGUUGGAAUUUGGCCCAUCUUAAUCGCCCCGCUUGCUGUAGUCAGCAUUUUAAAGAACAUUUAUCAAGUUUUUGUGAGCAAUGCGACUACCCAGUAUGCAAUAUAUGCAUAGUUAAUGAACACAAAGGACAUCCUCAUAUGGCUAUUGAUCAUGCUAGCAAUAUUUUCAAACCUACAACAAGUAAUUUAAUCGGAGAAGCUAAACCUCGUAUCAUAGAACUGCGCGACGCUAUUUCUGGAAUUGAAGAAAUGUGUAAGAAUAUUAGCGAAAAUGCUGAUUUAGCUCUUGAUGAUAUCGAGGAAUGCUUCAAUAGACAAAUUAACACCUUAAUGGAGCGUCGAAAGCAACUAGUAACCGAAGUUCAGACCUGCAGAAUGGAACGACUAGAAGCUUUACAUGAACAACGAGAUAGGUUACAAAUGCGACUGUUAAGUGUGAGUGAGAUGUACAGUUUUGUAAAUGAUGCCGUUAAAAACGGCAAUGCUGCAGAUUAUUUGGAUAUCAAAAAUGCAAUUAACGAACAACUUCAAGCAAUCAUCAAGCAUAAAGAAGAAUUAGAUGUUGUUGAAGAAGACUAUAUAGCAUUUCAUCCUAACGAUAUUGCUACUCAGGUAGCAAUUAAAUUCCUCGGCUAUAUCGAUACACGCUAUGCUUAUCCUCCUUUAUGUACAGCAGAAGGUCCCGGCUUAGAAAUAGCUAGAAGAGUCGAGCCUACUGUCUUUACAGUGUUAACGAAAGAUAAAAAAGGUAAACUAUUAACUCGUGGCAGUGACAACAUUGAGGUUAUCAUUGAAGGGAAAGGGAGAAAAGAUGUACAAAUUAUCGACAAUGAAGAUGGAAGUUAUACAGUAACUUAUAUUCCAAUACCAAUUAGUGAAAAUGUUGUUCAUAUAUAUGUGAAAGGUCUACCAAUUUUAGGGAGUCCUUUUAGAGUUCCCUUUAAUGUACGUGAUUACACAAAUAUUACUUCGCCAUUAAUUAUAUUAGGUAGAUAUGGACUCAAUAUAGGUGAAUUUCGUUCACCAUCUGGGGUCGCUAUUGACGAUAAGAGGUGCCUACUAGCUGUUUGCGAUCGAGAUAAUAUUAGAAUCCAAAUAUUUGAUUUAGCUAGUUAUGAGCAUGUCAGUAGUAUCGAUGUUUCAGGUCAUAUGCAAGAUGGCCCAUUCGACAUUGCUAUUGACGGCAAAGGUCGUUUAUUAACAACUGAUCCAAAAGGCAAUGGUAUAUUUGUCUUCGAUGGUGAUGGAAAUAUGUUAUAUAAAAUUGGAAGCCGAGGGCAAGAAGCUGGCCAAUUUGGCGGGCUAUGUUAUAUUGCUGUUGAUAAUGCAAAUAAUAUCUAUAUCUGUGAUAGCGAUAAUUCCCGCAUCCAAGUAUUUGAAGAAAGGGGUACUCUAGUAGACUGCUAUGGUAACUAUGGAAAUGAAAUGAGACAAUUUAAUUUGCCCGCGGGUAUUUCAAUAGGAUCGAAUAGCAAUAUCUAUAUCGCCGAUCGAGGCAAUCAUCGUAUACAAAUUCUGGAUUCUAAUGGUCAAUUUAUUCAUGCAUUUGGCGUAAGAGGUAGUCUUAAUGGAGAAUUUGAUUUUCCUCAUGGCAUAGCAACAGAUGUUCAAAAUAACGUUAUUGUUGCCGAUCAUUACAAUACUAGGUUGCAAAUUUUUAAUUCAGAAGGAGAGAUUAUACAUAAAAUUGAUAACAUCAUCUUACCACAUUGUGUCGCCUGUGAUCGAUGUGGACAUAUUUAUGUUACAACUAAGGAUAAUAGGAUUUAUGUAUUUUAG